AUGGCCACCAGGCGUUUAACCGACGCUUUCUUGUUGUUGCGGAAUAAUUCCAUCCAAAACCGGCAGCUGUUAGCCGAGCAAGUGAGUAGUCACACCACCUCCAGCCCUCCGCAUUCACGUAGCGUUGCUGCGGAGCUGGAUGAGCUUGCUGAUGACCGCAUGGCACUGGUGUCAGGCCUUAGCUUAGAUCCAGAGGCAGCCAUCGGUGUGACAAAGCGGUCUCCCCCCAAAUGGCUGGAUGGCGUGGACGAAAUACACUAUGACAUCAGCCGGAUUAAACAGAAGAUGAAAGACUUAGCCAUCCUUCACGACAAGCAUGUCAACAGGCCCACCCUGGACGACAGCAGCGCCGCGGAGCACGCCAUUGAGAUCACCACGCAGGAGAUCACGCAGCUCUUCCACAGAUGCCAGCGCGCGGUGCAGGCCCUGCCGAGCCGGGCACGCAGGGCUUGCUCGGAGCAGGAGGCGCGGCUCCUUCGCAACGUGGUGGCCUCACUGGCACAGACCCUGCAGGAGCUGUCCACCAGCUUCCGGCACGCACAGUCGGGCUACCUCAAACGCAUGAAGAAUCGCGAGGAAAGGUCACAGCAUUUUUUCGACACAUCGGUACCACUGAUGGAUGACGGGGAUGAUCACACGCUUUAUGACCGGGGUUUUACAGAUGACCAGCUGGUGCUCGUGGAGCAGAACACGCUGAUGGUGGAGGAGCGGGAGCGGGCGGUCCGGCAGAUCGUGCAGUCUCUCUCUGACCUCAACGAGCUCUUCCGGGACUUAGGGGCCAUGAUUGUAGAACAGGGUACGGUCCUUGACAGAAUUGACUACAAUGUGGAGCAGUCCUGUAUCAGAACCGAAGAUGGCUUGAAGCAGCUCCACAAGGCAGAGCAGUAUCAGAAGAAGAACCGGAAGAUGCUCGUGAUCCUGGUGUUGCUUGUCAUCGUCAUUGUCCUCAUUGUGGUCCUCGUCAGCGUGAAGUCCCGCUAG